GAAGUAGAGGGAAAGUAGAGUUCCGGGAGGCUGCACUGUGCCGGGGGAGUUGUGACCCGAACCUGCGGUGCAUUCGCAGGAGGAACAAGUGUGGAGAAGCUGUGGCCACGAGGCGCAGGGGCACGGGGCGUAGGGCCAGAGGCGCCAGAGCGACUCUUCCAUCCACGCGACCGUCAAGCGGGGCUGCGGGUGCAGGGCACAGUUCAGUUGGCCGGCUUCUCUCUAGGAUCUGCUACUAGACGGUCCCCAAGAUGAAGGGGAACUGGGGCGGGGAAGGGUAGAGCAGAGACGUGGAGUAUCGUUUGGCGCCUCUGCCAGCCCUGACUUCAACCACUACGUGAAGGAUCGGUCCCAACCCGGAUCCAAAUUCGUUGAGGACCAGGAGACAAAAUGUCAUCCCAGUUUUUGCAGAUGUCGAUGAAUUCUGGAGAUAAAGUAAAAGAUGGUGAAAUAAAAAAGGAAAGGCCUUACAAGGUCUUUUUCAAAGAUCUCUUUCUUUUCAAAGAAAAUGAAAUGGCUGCACAGAGAAAGGAAAAAAUCAUAAGCCGUAGUAUGAAAGUCUACCAAAAGACUACUUUUUCAUCUCGAAUGAAGAGUCGUUCACACCUGAGCCAGCUAGCUUUUUACUCUGAGCCAGGUACUGGAUCAUAUGAAAAUCUGGGGCUAGAUCCCGUGCUUAUCCUUAGACUGACAAAAGGUGCAGACAGAAAGAGGACGAUCCAUGAAUUCAUUAACGACCAGAGAAACAGGUUUCUACUUGAGUAUGCAGUAUCAACCAAAAAAAACACAAUUCUAAAGUUUGAAAAACUCAUAGCCAUGAAGGAAAGUCAACUCAGAAAAGCAAAAAAAAAGCUCCAAGAGGAUGCCUUGGCCUUUGAAGAGUUCCUUCGAGAAAAUGACCAGAGAUCUGUAGAUGCCCUUAAAAUGGCAGCACAAGAAACUAUCAAUAAACUCCAAAUGACAGCAGAGCUCAAGAAAGCAAGCAUGGAGGUGCAAGCAGUGAAAAUUGAAAUAGCAAAAACAGAGUCCCUCCUCAAGGAGUACAUGAAAUAUGGACUUUUUCUGCUGAAAUUGUCUCCAAAGCAUUGGCAAAUGCAACAAUCACAGAGACGAGUCCAGGCAGCCAAAAGCAAUCCUGUUCUUCCAAGAUUCUUAGAAAGUAAGUCUCAUAUCUUACAAAUCUUAGCGGCAAUGAAGCAAAACUCCCUGAUUCUAAAAUAUUCUGCUUCAGCAUUUGUUGUUUAUGUCAAUAGUCAGAGAUUUAAAAACAAAAGUAAAAGAGAGGGCAGCACCGACUCUAACAGGGCAUCCACCUCAGAAGGCAAUGCUUCAGGAAGCGGGAACGAAGUGGCGAAGGCGUACCGGCUGUCAGUGUACACAUUCAGCUUCUUACCUUCUGCCAGCCGCCGGGCCUGUGUCAAGGCUAUCAGUUCGGCCUUCUGUGCGGACGUUCCUUCUGGAGAUAUAGGGGGGCCGCCAUUUCUGCGAACCCUGGAAUCCAUAAGCGACAAAACCCGGCAGUCCCCAGAAAUUCUCUCACCUGUCUGUGAUCACGAGGUGCUGGGAUACCCAAUAUGGUUUCCUGGCGAGCUGAUGUCAACCAUCUCUGUCCUCCGCUCAGCCGGUAUCCCAAGAAUGCACAACUGGAAGCUAAGAGCAGAGCAUCAGCAGGUCCUCCCUGGAGCCUUCAGAAAGAACAUGGCUGGAUUUCUAGCCUCCAGAACUGUGAGACACCAGUCUGAGAGUAUGGGCUCAGAAGACAGUUUGGAAUUCUUUUUAGAGGAUGAACUACUAGACUUUGAUCUGAUACCAGAGACUUAUUUCAAGGAGCCAGAAGAAUUACUUCAGGUCCUCACAGAGCUAGAGGAGCAGAACCUUACUCUGGUCCAGUAUUCCCAAGAUGUGGAUGAAAAUCUUGAAGAUGUGAACAAAAGGGAAAAAUUUAUACAGGAUAAAAUAAACAACAACAUAGAGUUCCUGCUGGAGCACAAGCAUAUGCUGAAAGCCAACUGUGAGCGAGAAGAGGAAAAAGCAGCAGAAUUGGAACUGAGGGCCAGGCUCUUUAGUUUUGGAGAAUUUAAUUCAGAUGCUCAGCAGACAUUCCUGAGGCAGGCAACUAUACGGAAAGCGAUUUACUUUGCUGAGAAGUUUAUUGAGUUCCUCUUAGUGGCAAAAACCAGGCACCCAGUGGCAAAAAAAGAUCAUUUUCAUGUCUUGAGACACAUUAUCUACCAGCUCAAGAGACUGCAACUAUAGUUAAAAUGGUACAAUGUCAAGGAAAAGCUGAUAGACUCACUCAGCAGAAAAAUCAAUCAAGUAUACAGAGCCUGCAUUGGAGAUGCUGAGGUUGGCAGCCUGAACGCCAUUCAAAAGCUGGUGAAAGUCGAGUCUCGCUUGGUGGAAUUGAGCGACCUCAUUGAAUCUAUUCCCAAAGAAAAUGUGGACGCAAUUGAAAGGAUAAAGCAGAAGGAGCGGCGGCAAAAGUUGCGUGAAGAGAAACUUAGAGAAAAACAAAAACACCAGGAGGAAAGGCUGAAAGCCGCUCUGGAGAGGGCAGUAGCACAGCCAAAGAGAAAGGUGGGAAGACGACUCAUCUACCGGUCGAAACCUUCAUCUAACAAACAGCAGCUACUUCCAGCUAGUGAUACAAGAACAAAAUCGCAGGAGGAAGAAUAUUUUUUCAGUUGAAUGGGAGCAUUAAGACACUUUAUUGUCACGUUUUAUGCAGAUUUUCACUCUAAGUAAUGGCAGCACUCUGUCCUAAUGAAUUCAAGAAAGGCAGGCCCUUAUUCCGGAGUUUAUAGGACUGGGAGUGACAUUUUCUUUCAUUGAAACUUUGCAUUACUAAUAUUAUUCCACAUAGUUAAGCAAUAUUGUAUUUUGAGUUGUCCCAGCUGAAGAUACAGAUUCAAAGUCAUAAUGGUUGUUGACAUAACUAUAUGGAGAAUGAUCAUUAAGUAAAAUAAUGGGCUCUCUCAAAACAAGAGAAUUUAAAUGGUAUUUUCUGAACCGAUCUAUAAGGAAGUUCAUUGCUAUGGAAUAUACAUUUUAACAAUGCACAAUUCUUAAAACAUUUAGACAGGGUUAAAAUGUGAAAACUAGUAACUCAGAACAAUUAUGAGACUGGUUUUUAUUUCACAUUAAGCUCUUAAAAUUUUAUUAAGUGAACCAACAAACCACAUGGCUUUAGCCUAAAUAUCAGUUCAUAAUUUAGAAUGUGCCUUAUCUCCACAACCAUUUCAAUUUUCAUAUUUUGACUUAGCUACAGUAAGUAUAUUACUUAGCCUAUAUUGAUACUGAAAUAACAUAAUUUAUUAAUACAGUAUAGAUUUACUAAGAAAAUGUUUAACUUUAUACAUGUUAAAAGUGACUCAAGAAACCUUAGAAAACAGAGUUGCUUUUAAAAGGUCUCAGUUAAUAUACUUCCAAGAAAAGGCCUAAAAUUUGCCUUCAGAAAAAUUCUAAAGCAUAUAAUUAUCCUUUAUGGAAGGAGAAAAAAAACCCAGUACUGGGCACAGAAAGAUUU